ACUAAUCAACCAAAAACAGCCAGCCGAUAUGUUAGAAAUAGUCUUAUAUCAAUAAUCUACAGAAAAUGUUGUAAAAUGACAUAACUGAUAAAUUAUUUUUGCCAUAGUCUAUAAAAUUAGCAAUCAUGCGUUACAUUGCCAGUGUCAACACAACAUUAAAUUAAUGUUAAUUUCGCUCCAUACGUGUAUUUAAUACGUAUUUAUCAUAAAAUUGAUAAGAAUUUUUUUCGAAGAAUCCAAUAUGUAAUAUAACAUUUUAUCUACAUUGAAUUAGUAGUGUGGUUAUUAUUUUAUUAGUUAAAUUUGCUUAUUUUAAUAUUUAUAACACAUAAAAAUGCCUCCAAGUCGUUUGGAUACUGUUUACAGAAGGAUUUUAUUAACAAAAUUUUUUACUAAAGGAUGGGGAAAUCCUGACAGUUUGAGAAGAAUAUUCGAGUUUAGAAAAAUUAUUGCAAAUCGAGAAGCUUGUUAUAAUCUUAUAUCUCGUGAUCAUCCAAUCACUAUUACAAAGGAUGAAGAGUGGUCUGAUUGCCAUAUUAUUGAAGGAUGUUUUUUAACUCCAUUCGAGCAACAUCUGCCUGGUAUCAUGCCUGAAGAGACCAAAACUUCAUAUUUCCAACUUAUCUUACCACUCAAAUGGACUUCGCACGCCGUUAAACCAGUCUGUUUGAAUUUAGCUGGUACCGGAGAUCAUUAUUUCUGGAGAAGACGUAAUUUAAUAGCUAAACCAUUAUUGAAAGAGGCAGGGAUAGGAUCGUUGUUGCUUGAAAAUCCAUUUUAUGGUGAAAGAAAACCAAAAGAUCAAAUUCGGUCCAACUUACUCAAUGUCUCAGAUAUUUUUAUCAUGGGCGGUUGUUUAAUUAUGGAAUGUAUUGUCUUACUCAAUUGGUGUGAACAACAAGGAUUUGGACCACUUGGCUUAACAGGUCUUUCGAUGGGUGGGCAUAUGGCUUCAUUAGCAGCAACUAAUUGGCCGAAACCAAUCCCCUUAAUUCCUUGUUUAUCCUGGUCAACGGCUUCUCCUGUUUUUACUCAAGGUGUUAUGUCUGAAUCAAUAAAUUGGCCACUUUUGCAGUCUCAAUAUUCAUCUGAUACAGCUUAUCAGAAUGACCUUGCCAAAAUGGUGAAAAUUAUUGAUCAAGAUGAUGCUUUUUUGGCUGGUCAGCACUUUGCUCAACAUUUUCCUGCAAGUAUCAGUCGAAUGCGUAAACUCAGGAACGAUCUAAAUGAUAUAUCUACUACAAACAAGGACACGAAUAUUUUGAACCGUGCUAACUUUGAUAUCUCAGAACAAUCAGAUGCAGCUGAAAAAGCUGCUGCUAAAAUGUUCCCUUUAAAUCUUAUCUCAAAUCGAUUCAAACCAGCUGAACCAGAGACUCUAGAAGGUAUUCAUGCCAGUGUAGAUGUAUGUCUCCUUCCUGUUGAAAAGAAAAAUAAUGAUGUUAAACACCGAGAACAUGAAGCACUACAGUUUAUGCGUGGAAUAAUGGACGAGUGUACUCAUCUGCGUAAUUUUGAAGUUCCGGUUGAUACUGAAUUAAUAAUCGCUAUUUGCGCCAAGGACGAUGCUUACGUUCCUCGAGAUAAUUGCAUGAGUCUGGAAAAAAUUUGGCCUGGUGCCGAAAUUCGUUAUAUUGAUGCGGGCCAUGUAAGUGCCUAUUUACUCCAUCAGAAAUUAUUCAGAUCAACAAUCGCUGAAGCAUUUGAGAGAUACACGAAAAAAUAUUCAAAGAGUUGACCUCCGGGAUCAUCUAUUGAUAAUUAAACUGUGGAAAAAAAUUAUUUGAUGAAUUACACUAUACUACACGAUACACUAUGUGAUAAUUGUUAUGUAUAUCUUGAAAGUUUUUAAUUCACACACUGAUUUAUUCCUAGUUGAGAGAAAGCAUGAAGAAUUAUUGUAAUGACAAUAGUUCAAACGCAAUAGGGUUUUAACUCUAGUACAAACAACAAAUGACAAGUUAUUGAUAAAAGUUGAUAUAUAUAUAUAAAUAAGAUUAUUAUUUAUAUAUAAUAUUAGUAUAUGUACAUACAGCAAGCAAUUUAUUUUAUAAAUGCUCUAUUUUUGACAAAUUUAAA